AUGGAAGACGCGGUGCUGCUGCUGCUCAUGCUGUUCGUGCUGGUGAUGGCGUCCUACUUGCUGGGGCGCUACUCCUGCAUGCUGGUGUCGCAGAGCAGCUUCGCCCUCAUGUUCGGGCUCUUCGUGGGGCUCUUCAUGAUCAUGGGUGGCAAGCACGCGGCGCUGCACACGCACCUGAACCUGGACAACAGCCUCUUCUUUAAUGUGCUGCUGCCUCCGAUCAUCUACGAGGCGGGAUUCUCCAUCAAGUGCACGGUCUUCUUCCGCAACUUCCCGGCCAUCAUGAGCACGGCCGUGCUGGGGACCGUCAUCGCUACGACCAUUACGGGCGGCGUACUAUACCUCGCCGGCCUGGCCGGCAUGGUUACCAAGCUGUCUUGGGUCGAAGCCUUCCUGUUUGGCACGCUAAUCAGCGCCGUGGACACAGUGGCAACGCUGGGCAUCUUCGACAAGCUGAACGCGCCGCCGCUGCUGUUCAAUCUCGUGUUCGGAGAGAGUGUGAUGAACGACGCCGUGGCGAUUGCGAUGUACCAGACGCUGCACAAGUGGGACGCAGACAGCAACUUCAGCGGCAAGCAACUACUGCGUGUAGCGCUGAAUACCGGUGGAAUGUUUGUGGGAUCAUUGGUGGUCAGCGCUCUCAUUACGCUCGGAGGCGCGUUCCUGCUCAAGCGCCAGUUCUUUGCGACGUUGCGCUACUACCCGAGCUAUGAGAUCUCGCUGUGUUUGAUUUUCAGUCUCCUGACGUAUUUCGUCGCGGACAGUUUGAAGUUGAGCGGCAUCGUGGCGCUAUUCUUUUCAGGCACCAUGACGGCACACUACCACUUCAAUACGUUGUCGAGAGAAGCGCAACAUGCGUUUACGCACCUGCUGCACACCCUGGCUUUCGUUUGCGAGAACAUUGUGUACGUGUUCAUGGGCACAUCAGUCAUUAUGAUCUUUGCGGGUCACGGGGAAGAGAAUGCGGGUGCAUCGCUGCGUGUGGACGAUAUCGACUGGUCUUUCAUUCUGCUCACGCUCGUGGCCUGCAUUGUGGCGCGAUUCUUCAACGUUUUCCCGCUGUUGAGCCUCUGCAACUGCUUACGAUCCCCCUCGAGCCGUAUUCCGGUCAAGUAUAUGAGUGUCAUCUGGCUAGCAGGUCUCCGUGGGUCUAUGGCUUUCGCUCUGGCCAAGAACUGGAACUACGUGGGUCUUCACGGGGCGUCGCACCGCCGCCUGAUCGAGUCUACAACUCUUGUGGUAAUUCUCAUCACGACAAUUGUGAUCGGUGGUCUCACCGGUCCGUUGUUGUCGAGCCUGCACCUCACUGGCAAAUACAAGGAUCAUAGCCACCUCGACCAGUCGGACACUGAUAGGAGCUCCGCCACUGCGUCAGAGUCCGAGGAGACGUUAACGCGAUUAGUUCAGCGUAGUACGCGUCAUGCUGACGGCGACUUGCAUGGCGCUUUGGCAUUUCCGGAGGAAGAAGCUCCCAAGGAGAAUCGUGAUGGCACCGGUGAUGAAGUUCCGAUCCUGACACCCCGACCGCAGUUCCACGAUGACAUGAGCGGCGACGAAGAGGACCCGAAUCUUGCUUCACCAGUACGCCGCGAGACCGAGCGAUCGCGUGGGGAUUCGCUGACCGGUGCAUUCUUCCGCAACUGGCAGGCCUUCGACACAACCUACAUGCAGCCGGUGUUCGGUGGUUAUUCGCAGCGUCCAUCAGCAUCGACAUCGAUUGACGACCUGGCCGAUAUGCAGCUUGCCAAGGCACAGGCCGAGGCCACAGUGUGA